ACAUUCACUUUUAACCAGCAUUUGAGCAUUGUAUUCAAAUUGGUUAUUGAAAGACUUCAUAUGUGAGUCAGCAUAUAUACAAAUAAAUAAAAAUUGAUUGCAAAGAUUUUUGAUAUAACUCAAAGUUCUAUACAUCGAAUUUCCUCGAUUCAUUAGGACGGGUGAAAUUAUUUUGUAGUUAAUUUUAUAUCAGUGUUCACUCAUCGAACAUGAGUAUAUUAACCUACAAUGGUGGGGCUAUUAUAGCUAUGAAAGGCAAAAAUUGUGUUGCUAUUGCAGCCGAUAGAAGAUUUGGCAUUCAAGCACAAACUAUCUCUUCGGAUUUUCAAAAAAUCCACAGGAUGGGUCCACAUUUGUACCUUGGACUACCUGGACUUGCAACUGAUAGUCUAACUGUAUUAGAGAGAUUAAAAUUUAGACUAAAUUUGUACGAAUUAAAGGAAAAUAGAAACAUGAAUCCUAAAACAUUUGCUUCUAUGAUAUCUAAUCUUCUAUACGAAAAAAGAUUCGGACCUUACUUUGUGGAACCGAUUGUUGCUGGACUUGAUCCUGAAACAUUUGAACCAUUUAUUUGCAACAUGGAUUUGAUUGGUUGUUUAAAUUUACCAAAUGAUUUCGUAGUCGGUGGAACUUGCUCAGAACAACUGUAUGGUAUGUGCGAGGCAUUAUUUGAACCAAAUUUGGAAGCUGACGAUUUGUUUGAAACCAUAAGUCAAGCUCUUGUGAAUGCUUGUGAUCGAGACGCUAUUUCUGGUUGGGGAGCCAUCGUCCACAUUAUAGAAAAAGAUAACAUUACUACUAGAACUGUCAAAACUCGCAUGGAUUAAGCACUUAAACUCGAAAUUCAUGGAAAUUUUCAUCAUCUAUUCUUAUGUAAAAUACACAAUAUUUUCCCGUUUUUUGCAACAAUAAUAAAUAAUUUAUU